AUGACCACCCUCCUCCACCGCGGUCCGCUGCGCGCCGCCUCCCUCUUCCAACGCGCAUCCCCUCCCACCACUAUUCGCCUCUCCUUCUCUCCCUCAACCCCAAUCACAAUUCGAAGACCACCACCCCUCCACCUCUACGCCUCAACCGCCCCCUCUAUCCCCGAAAAAGUACGAAAAGACACAAUCAACCCCCCAGCCUCCACACGCCCCGCACCCAUCGAAACGCCCCUCCGCAAAUCCUACACCUCCCUCCCCAAGUACCUCUUCGCGCUCGGCAAGACCUACGCAACCUUCUACAAAACCGGCGUAAAAAGCAUCUACCACAACUUCCGCGCCGCACAAGCCCUCGAAGACCGCANACCUCUUCGCGCUCGGCAAGACCUACGCAACCUUCUACAAAACCGGCGUAAAAAGCAUCUACCACAACUUCCGCGCCGCACAAGCCCUCGAAGACCGCAUCGUCUCGCACCAAUCCCACGCGAACGCGGUUGCCGCGGGGGCCCUCACACGCGCCGACUACCAGCUCGUCCUGCGCAGCUGGCACGACCUAAAACGAGUCCCUUUAUUCGGACUACUCUUCAUCGUAUGCGGGGAAUUCACACCAUUGAUUGUCGUGGCGGUGAGUUCCAUCGUGCCGUGGACGUGUAGGAUUCCACGGCAGAUAGCAGCAGAUCGGCAGACUCUGGAGACGCGGCGGGGGAUCUCGUUUAGGAACUUGACUUCUUCGCCUCCUUCUGCCGCACAACCAGUGCUCAAUCGCCAACAACUGCUUCAUAUCUCCUGGUCCCUAGGUCUCAGCUCCAAGAUUUGGGACUAUGUAAACCCGGGGACUCUCCCAGGACCCCCGGAUUUUAUAUUGAAGAGCCGGGUGAGGGAGCGGGUUCGGUACUUGGAGUUGGACGACAAAUUGUUGUCGGAGGCUGGGAAGGAGAUCAAGAAAUUAGAAAAUGAUGAGGUGAAAAUGGCGUUGGUAGAACGAGGCAUUGAUAUCCUACAACGAGGCGAUGAGGAGUUGAUGGCUUCGUUGGAGGCGUGGUUGAAAUCUAGAGGGAAGGGGAGGAGUGUGGAGAGUUUAUUGUUGACUCGGUAAGUGCUUCAAUUCCUUCCAUUAUAUUUUGACGGGAAGCGAGGGGAGAGGAAAAUCUCGAGAGAGAUAAAAGGAGAAAGCUAAUAAUCACAAGGCCAAACGUCUGGCCAAUACCACCAACGUCUCCCAAAAAAGAUUAAUGUAAAGAUUAAUAUGUGGAUAUCCACCCAUCCAUCAUUUCAUUAUACUCAACAAUCAUCACCAACUGUAUCGACUAUGUACAAAAAACACACCAUGUAGAUCAUCAUUACCUACCAGCGAGUAGAGCAGAGAGAUGCAGAAGACUAGAAUACGUCUGUACAAGAUCAGGUUCUCAUUCCGAUUCCUGUUUCAAGUUGUGUCUGCGACUGCCGGGGCAUUUGGCUAGGCAAACCAACCAACAAACUCCUCCUGUAACAAUAUACUGUACCAUCAUACCAAACGUACCUAGAAGUAGGGAGAAUUCAUCUCAAUGAUAGAAGAAGAAAACAAAUUACAAAUCCGCGAUGUGUUAGGUAUCUCAUCCUGAACUCCAAUCAAAAAGACUAC